AAGUACCCUACCACCCUAACAGUAUAUGUUUAGCAAAGAGUUAUACGUAAUGUGUGUAUACAUGUGUACAGAGCUAGAGGGGGACUCACACAUCUCUGUACUGGCUGAAUUAAUUACCUGGUCAUACAUGGCAGAGACAGUUUUCAAGGAAUUUCUUUCCUUGAUGCUUUUGCUUCUUUGGUUUGUCUUCUUGACCAGUCGAGAUUUGCCGGCAUCUCCUCUGUUUGAUACUAGCAAGUGAGGUUGAGAUGGAGCGUGUGGAGGUUGGUAUAGUGUGGGGGCGGGUAGUGUGUGAACAUGGAGUGGGUUAAUAGAACAAUGACCGUACAAUCCAUUGGCUGCUUGAGUGGUACAAAAGCCCCUUAAUUUGAUUGGAUGGAUGAAAGUUAGGACAGGAGGAGUUGUGCAGAUACAAGAGCUAGUUUUAGUUACUUAAUUAAUCAUAAUCAUGAAUAAUUUAGUGAGUAGCACCUCAGGCUCUGCUAUAAGAUUGGGGGUGGGGCUCAUUCACUAAAAGCUUAUUGUUCAUUUUAACUGUCAAGCAUCAUGUCUGACUCAGCGGAGUACAAAGCAUUCAAGGAUUGUCAUGACAGUCUUUUUACUUGUAUUAAGCAAUCUCCUAAAGAUGUCAGCGAUCGAUUAGAGAUCCUAGCACCAGCCGAUCGAGAUUAUCUUAGGAAUGACUCUCAUGAUGAUGGUGACAAAGCCCGGCGAAUAAUAGAUGCUGUGCUGCUCCAGAUCGAAAAUAAUCCACUGGUUUUCCAAUCAUUCAUUAGUGCUCUUGAAGCAGCUGGUAGUUUUACGAAAACUACAGUGCCAAAACUCCAUGAUGCAUUACUAAUACAGAGACAAAAUCAAGAACAGUGCGAUCAAACUACAAAAAUAGAAGAGAGUGAUAACGGAGGUCAGGCAGGUGAAGAGUUACAACCAAUAUCCGUCAGUACAAGCUCUUCUGGAUUUGAAUCACUCACGGCUUCUGACUUUAAUACAGAUGGAAAAUUCUUUAGCUUCCAAUGCGGCUGUGGAAAGUGUACCAUCUUGGGUCAUGUCACUGGCAGGGAUAAGUGUUUAAGCUCCAAGCCACCUCAAAUUAAAAGAAUUACUCGUGAUACUGCUUGUAGUGAAAAUAGAAUAUCAGCCACAGAAAUCUCUUAUAAGAAGUUCAUGACAGCCCUACUUGAUGAAACACGACACAUUCAUUCGAAGUUUUGUAGCUUACUCACAAACACGAUUACGAAUCUGGAAAAUCAAUAUGACAUCACUAAAGUGAAGCAGUACGUCCAGGCGCUUUUAACACCACGAGAAUCGUAUUACAGCCCAGUGUAUCGUAGACCUUCUUCUGAACAGAUUCUGUUCCGUGAUGUUACCAGCUUUAGAGAUUUGUCAGUCUUCCUACAGAAUAAUUUCUGCUCUUGGUUCAAUUACUCACUGAUUUCCGUAAUGCGAGAAGAAUUUCUUUUCCCAUAUGAAAAUGAUCAAGCAUUACUGAGAUACGAGCAUUUGUUUCGGCAGUAUGUUAAUCGACGAUGUUUCUUAUUUGUUGAUGACUUUGGCCCUCAACCGUCUCAUAUUCAAUCAGUGGAGAUAACAUGUAAGAUUGAUGUUGACUUUCAAACAAUCACUUAUGAUCAAAUUCAACAAUUGGAGCUAGUUUUUAUGAAAUGCUGGGAACAAAUAAUACCACACCAAGUUCUGAAUUUGAAGAAUGUUCGAGAAGGCUGUACAGAGCUGGUGUUUCGAGUUCCAGCUUAUUUUAAGCAUAUUUACAGCCAGUUGAGUCCUGAACAGAUGCAGUACCUGAAGGAAAAUGCAUUCAUUGAGGUCAAAAUUGGUCAACAAGUAAUAUUGAAGGCAGAAGAUAAUUCAACAAAGAAACUGCUAAAAGCGUUUGGCCAAGAUGGUGGUGACCCGACUUCUGCCGUAACCUUACUGAUAGGGCUUGAUCCGACAGUUGAUGUCAGUUCAAUCAGGGACAGUGAUGGAAUGACCCUCCUCCAUCUUGCUUGUCGCUGGGAUUGGUCAAAAUGGGGACUCUUAGUCACCCAAUUGGUCGAAACACACCAUCAUAAUGUCUCAGUUGUGAAUGAGGAUGGAGACACACCUCUUCACAUAGCUGCUCGAUUCAACAACAGAGGAGCUGCGGAAUAUCUUCUUGAGCCCAGUGAUGCCAACGCUAGAAACAAUGUUGGGUUAACUGCCUUUGACAUUGCAGAUCAAAAGCAACAUCAAGAAGUUUUGAGAGUGUUGGUCGAGUGCGAUGAAAUAUUUGCCAACAUUCCAAUAAUAAGCGUUCCAAUAAUCAGCACUCACGACGAUUCUCAGUCAGACGAACCCAUACAUGGGACAAGCAGUGACUCAGAUACAUUGCCAAUGUCUCCCAGUGCAGAUGAAUCCACAAGCACUCAAGAGGACGGUUGGAAUUCAACGACUAGUGCAUCUACAGUAGAAGGUGCCUCAUCAGCAUUGAGUACCAGCUUAACAUGUAAUUCUGUAAUGGAAGAUGUGUGCUUGAAUACGGAAGUACAAAGUCAUGUUCAUGAUCAGCGCAUUACAUCUGAUGAAUUGUCCUCUGUUACAGUAAUGGAAGAUGUGUGUAAGAAGACUGGAGUGAGGGACCAACAACUCAAGCAAGAAAUCUCUGAGAGUGACAUCAUCCUAUUAGCGGAUAAAUCUUCUCACCUGGACAAGGCUACAGUGAAAAAACUCAAUGAUGCAUUACAGAGACAACAUCAACAGUGCGAUCAAACUCCAAAAUUCGAAGAGAGUGGGGAGAGGGAUUGGAAACGGAAGUUACCUCGAAUUAUAUCCGCGCUACACCGGGGUUUAAUCGAAGAAAGUAUGGAGGAUGACAUUCAUAUUCAAGGCCUGCCAGACGAGUUUUACAUAUCUGGGGGGCCUACUAAUGAAUUAGAGGAUUUUCGUGUUCGAAGAACAGUGGAUAGACUUGCAGCAGAUAUUUCUGAACGUGAUGUUCAACAGCAGAGUAUAGAGUUGGUACCAAUACUCUCUAAAACUUCUGAAGUAUCAGUACCUGCUGUUAAUGACCCUAGUAAUGAUAAAGAUGAAUCAUCCCCCUUAAUUAAAUCACCAUCUACUAAGUCUAAGAUUGAAAAGCUAGAGUGUGCUCUGCGUGACAAGGACGAUGAGCUGGGCCGUGUGCGUCGCCAGCACACCGAUGAAAUGGGCCGUGUGCGUCGCCAGCACACCGAUGAAAUGUCACAGAUGAUGGACGAGCUGCGUACCACUCGAAAGAGCUACGAGGUCAAAAUACACGAGUACGAGCAACUCAUGGACCUCAAGGUCCAGCAGGACCAGGAGAUUGCCACCUACAGGGCACUACUGCAGGAGGACACCAGACUAAACCUGACCCCUACCCCCCGUGAGAAGCGCACCCGCACUCGCACCCAGACUGGGGGAGAGCCUGUCCCCAUCCCCAAGAAGAUGCGUCUGGAGACCCCCACACCCAUGCAGGCCAAAAAGUCCUCAGUGAGCUGACAUUGUCGAACUCAAGAGAUGAUACUGCUUCCUUAAGUUUUUUAACUUCAGUGCGAAGUUCGUUUAUUUUAGUUGAAUUACCAUGUUUAAUGCCUCCAAUUUUUGACUUCCAAUAACUAGCGCGAUGAUUUACUCUACCUAAUUCUGCCUUCAAUUUAGAUAAACGGCACUCAGUCCUAUCAAUUUGCUUUUGGUACGCAGUAAUGUUUUUUUUUUGAGAAAUAAGUUGUUGUUUUUGAUCUUCAAUGAUUUGAUCGCGACGUCUUAUUCUUUUAUUAGUAUUUCGAGCAAUAGCAUAUAGUUUUUGUUGAUAUUCACGAGUUUUCAUGUUUUUCUUAGCACCAGCCUUAUCUUCCUUUCCUUCCUCUACAACGAUCUGUUUCACUGGACUAAAAUGCAGUACUCGGCCCCUUUGGACACCAAACUUGGGGAGAGUAUAGUUUUCCCUGAGAAAUCCAGAUAUAGCAACUUCCUUGUCAGAGCUCGAGUGCUGCUUCUUGAGUUUAGCCAAUUUUGCUUUCAAACGCUCAACACUUUUGGUAAAUGCUUGUAAAGUUGGUGGGUUUUCUUCAGGCCAUGUUUCUCCAAACAAACUUUGAAUCCACCCAUAAAAUGUUCGAAACGUACACCCGGGGUUUUGAUCCUUGAACAUUUCCAAUUCGAAAAUUAGUUUGAUCGAUACUGGGACUUGUGGUAACUGUUGCUUAUCGUCAAUUCGUGGCACAUUAUGACAAGAGCAUUGACGCACUGAUUCCAUUUGCUUGACACUCAGGUCCAAGAGAUGUGUUAGUGUUCUGCAUAGAGUAUAAUAAGCAUAGAAUAAUGUACUUGUUUUAACUAAUGCCCCACCUCCGGGAAUAGGUGGGGAAUAGACGCUUCUCUACCGGUAGAUACUUAGAUUUGGGUAUAAAAGUUACUUGCAGAUCACGUGAUACACACAUGGGGUACAAUCAUCCGCAGUACAAGCAGUACAAGGUUUUUCGCAUCAUACAUGCACACAGCCCCUAUCGGUUGUACAAUAGGGGCUACCAGGGGAUUCGACCAGAUAACAUGCCCAUGCAAAGGUAAGAGAAUAGAUCAUGUGACUAGGUAAAUUUGGCAGCGAAUAAAUUUUGGUGAUUUAUCGAAUCAAGGUGAGGGUCGCCAUAAUUAAAAAUCGCUAAUCAGUCGUACAAGAUCAAUAAUGCCAUGCAGCAUGAUCAUCAAAUUAAAAAUCGCCAAUAAUAGUUCACUUGCCUUGUUUGCCAAAUUUACCCUGGUAUGGGGGAGGUGGGGAAUGAGUUUGACAAGCACAUAAUUACAAUAUCAUCAAAUGUAGUGUACGACAAGCUCUAGUUAGGAUCCAGCUGAUGAGAUCAGUUACCUACUGUUACAGUAUAGGCAUAAAUAGACGACACCUAGACGACACCAAAAUAUUAUUAUAGUAGGCGUGGCUCAAGCACAGAUUCCAAUCGACUGGACAUGUUCACAUCCGGCCAGAUACAUUCAAAAAUUACUCCUUGCUCAGAAUUGAUCUUCCCUACCGUACAUAAAAUGUUUGCGCUUUUGCACCUAUCAAUGGUAAGCCCCACCUCGAUCCCCCAGUAUGUGUAUAAGUGAGGCCAUAGGUAGGGAUUUGAUCUUGAACUUUGUCCCAGAGACAGGGAAAUUGAUUUGACAUAAUUGCGCAUGCGCAUUAACUACUGAUCAUUGCACUUAUACAUGGGGAUUUGACAUCGAGGUUGCGCCCAAAUGUGGUACAGUUAAAUUAUGUAUGUUGUAAAUCCCUAGUUGGGCGGAGCCCGACCGUCCCUGACAGGAGGUCGGGUUGCAAGCCUAUCUGGAAUUUGUUCUGCGCAUUAUGUAGUACUGCUAUGAAUAUUAUUAUUCUCAAGUGGGUGUUAACCGACUUGAUGACGUGUAAACCACAGGAUGGCACAGCAAUACUGCAUGCGGUGUUGCAACUAGAUGCAAGCGGAAGUGUAACCAAGCCACGUGAAAAAUGCUGCAAUCUGAUAGGGCGCCACUAUAGUGGCGCUAGAACAAAUCCCAGAUAGGCUUGCAACCCGACCUCCCGUCAGGGACGGUCGGGCUCCGCCCAACUAGUAAAUCCCGUACUGUACUGGGGGAAGACUCUUACAUAGCUGUACAGAACUCACUCUGUCACUUCCCUCUGCCAUUGAGUCAAUUAUUCCCUCACUGCAGCAGCUGAAGUGGCAUAGAUUUUUGUAAUACUCAUAGCAACACUUAAAACAACGCUAAAACAAUUGUAAUUUCUUCAAUUUUACCAGUCACAGCUAAAUAAUAUUAAAUAUUGAUUUCUACUUGUUGCAAGAUUUGAGACCUAUAAAAUGCGACUAUAGUGGUACAUUUUCGAUAGAAACUAAGUAAAAAAUCAAGCUUAGCAUGUUCUCUUACCUAUAUAACCGUAUGAAAAGUAAAAUCUGUUUGCUGCACUGGCGACAACUGAUCAGUAAUUGUGCCACUUUUGGCUUCAAUUAUAAGGAGAAAAAAUAUUGAAAAAAAAUCCGGAAGUGACAUCACUAAUGACAGGAAGUAGCUAAACAUAGUAGUACAGUUCUACAGCGGUUUUCAGAGUAACUUCAGGAUGAUUGAAUGCCUUCAAAUUACGUUUCAAAAAGAUUUAGCAGGCUGCUGGACUUCUCUGAUUCUAGGCCCCAACUCAUAACUCAUUGCUUGAGAAAACGUAGAUUCUCUUGAUGUCUCUGAGCUACCCAGCAACGCUCGAAUGAGCAGGUCAUACUCCAGUCCUGUGUCUGUGAGUAUAGGACAAUAUUAAAAGAAACCAAAGACGGUUAAACCCUUACCUCAAACUGUCCAGUCUCGUCCGUUAGUAUAGCCAAGAGGAGCACUGUUGGGACAGCUGGAUAUUAGCCAUUGCUCCUGUACAGAGAAGUAGACAUUUUAAAUACGUGUAGAAAUUUCUCGGUUAUAGUGUCAUUGUCGACGAGCUGAUGAUGGCAGCACCAAGUUCUCUAGCUCACACUCUUCACUUGAUCCACUAUAUUAAUGAUGAAACUAUAGUCUACCUACAUUCUUGCCAAACAUGAACAAGACUUGAUAGCAUAGCCGGCCAUAGGGCCCACACAAAAAUAUCUGACCUUAACAAGCUUGACAAAGCUUUAUACCUCUUCCCUUGUUGUUCAGUCUUCAGAAUAAGCUUCAGAGAAGAGAGAAGCUUCAGCUAAGAGCCAUUCCAAUCGAUUCCAAUCGAUUCCAAUAAUGAUAAAACGGGAACUGACUUCUAGUACACGAUAGUACACGAAUAUAAAUGUCACGAAAGUGAACGAGAAUAUCCAUUUGUCAGAAUCUGACAAACGACUGACGCAUGCGCAGACAACUAGUACCAGGCCCAGUUGUUCGCCUAACCGUUAUAAAAGCGAAAACUCGGCCUGGGAUCGAGGCUACCACAGUACAAAAGAAGACAAAAUAUGACUUUUCAACACUGGAGAGAGCUUGAGCAAGAGCAGAACAGAAGUAGAAGCCAUCACAACAAAACUAGUCACUAGUCUAGGUCGUAAAUAUUGUAAGUAGCUGUGUUAUUUUAUUAAAACUGCUGUGAUUUGUACAAUGACAUCAUUGUAAAAUAUACAAUAA